GUGUUUCCCAAAACGAUCAUGCUUGAAUCGAUCAUUUCACUUCCACCGUCACUGCUCAAUAUUCUGGGUGCCUUUGCGUCACUCACGCCUACAAAAUAUAUUGUCUUUCCGCAAGAUCUUACAUUUGCCGAAAUUCAUAACUUUCUCCUGAAAUUUAUCUUACUCAACUCGCACUUCCAGCAGUACCCGCCAGCUUCGCAAUAUCAGACAUCAUUCUGGAAAUCGGCCGUUGAACAUGUGGAAGCCAUAACAGAUUCUGAGAACGAUGAAAUUGACUCACAAAUAUACGAUCACUAUGUGGACCUCAUGUCUAUGACAUCAACGCAGACCGUUGGCUCGGCCCCUCCUUCACCAUCGUAUGUGACAUACUUCUGGACGACAUCUGAUGGCGUCAGCCAUAGUGCCACCUUGCUGGAAUCUCGUACAACAAUCGAAGGUGGGACCACUGGUCUGAAGACAUGGCCGGCUAGUCUCACCUUGGCGAACUAUCUGAUUACACAUUCUGACGUAAUCCAGAAUAAACGCAUCUUGGAGCUCGGAUGCGGCAUUGGUCUUUUGGGUGUCAUUGCAGCGACAUUACAAAUUCCCGCUUCACCAGAAAAGCCACAGGACGCACAAUCCGCCAUCUGCCUUACGGAUGUUCGAAUCGAUGUACUUGAACGAUGUCAAAGUAACCUCGAUCUGCCAUGCAAUGGGUCCUCACGCCACCCCAAUAUAUCCACUCGGCUUCUAGAUUGGAGCGACGCCCUAAAUCCGUCAGGUCAAAAUGAGCUCCAGCAGGUACUCACGGCAAUGAGCCCUGACCUGAUCCUGGGAGCAGACGUGGUUCGUCUUCGAUCCAGCGGCCAUCCCAUCCCUUGUAGCCACCUUAUCUAUGACAUUAAAGCUACCCACGUCAGGGCCCCAAAGCCGGGAAGCUUUAAUUGCCUUGACUAUUCGUAAUCCUGAUACUAUAGCACUAUUCUUAGAUUCUGCUCGUCGACAAUUGCAUGUUGAAGAGCUCGACGUUGCUGAUAACAAAAGCGCCUUCUUCGGGAUCCCACAAGCAAACAAAUCUCACAAUGUUAAGAUAUAUCGUCUAUGCUACGUGCGAUAGUGACUAUAAUAAUGUCAUCCCCAUGCAAGGAUGGCGCCUCCAUUAAUAAUACACUGAGAUCCUAUGCGCUCCUAUUGAAUAUGACAAAGCGAAGUACGCUAUAUAAUCCCGCCCCGCAACGAUGGUAUGUACGUUGGGUAACUAAGGGUAUCACGGAUAUAGCACCACCACGUUAAAUACUACUGACACUGGUGCUACUGUCCGCCUUGACCGUGCCACAGAAGCGGCAGGUCCAAAACUGGCUUAGGAGUUUGAGGGCGGAUCAGCAAACAAACGGCACACUCCACC